AUGGUGAAGGCAGCUCAGGAAAUGGAGAACCCGAGGGAGGUAGAGACUCACAGCACAGAGGCAACGUGCUCCCCAUCAGAGGAACGGGCAGAAAAGCCCUCCAUGCUCUGUUUUAAGAAGCGGAAGAAGUCCUGUAAGAAGGGACUGGCCAUGAAGGAUGCGUGCGAAGGAGCCUCAGAGGAGAAAAAACAAUGUGUCAGCACCGACCAAGGGGAGGCAAAAGUUUCUAAUCAAUCACAAUCCUCCAAAGGAGCCUGGGCAACCAUCAAAAACCUUGCAAGACCUCGAAGAAGGCAGAAAUCCUCCUCACGGAAGAAGGUGCCCUCUGAUUCCCAAGUGCAGCUGGAGAUGGAUGCUGAGGAGGGCUGUGCGCAAGACGUCCCGAAGAAACGAGCGAGCUCUGGGGUGAAGAUGCCUUGUGUGCGGUUCUCCAGGGGCAAGAAAAAACCCAGCCUCUCUGAAGCAGUGGAGGAGUCAGAGGGCAGUGUCCAAGCAAACGAAGUGACGGGCAUUUUGAAUAAAGCUAGUGAAGAACUGGAGGAUUUGGCACCUGUGGACAAGUCUGAAUCCUUCAGCCCUGUCACUGCAGAGGAGGACCAGGAAAUGGUGAAGGAAAGUGCCAAGGACAUGGCAAAGGAAAAUGCCAGCUCUGUUGGGAAGAGUGAGCCCUUGACAGAGCCCACACCUGAUGCAAAGGAACAUAUGGAGGGCACCACUCAGUCGGAGAUAACCAAUUCAGAGAUAGUUAAUGAAACAGCCCAGGAAAAACUGCAGGAGGGGAGCCCACCCCAAACCACAGUCCAUGUGGAAAGCGAGGAAGUUGCUCCUGAAGUGCCCAUUUCCAAGGAUCAUCCCAACAGCAGCCCUGAAAACACGGAGCUGCAGGAAAUCCCUAAGACCUGCAAAGAGCUGCCUGAAGGCGAUGAAUCAGAAAAGAGCAUAAAUCUUCCUGAGGAGCACAAAGCCGAAAAGACUGUAAUGGAUUUCAGUCAGUCGGCGUUCAAAGACGAUGCAGCGGACGUGCAGGGCUGCUCCAGCCAUCAGGUGACGUUAGAAGCAAACGUGGGCCCCAGCGUCGGCAUCGUCAUCACCGUCACCGAAGCUGAGGACUCUGACAACACCGACUCUGACCAGGCCUACGAGCCGUCCCCAGUUUUGCACCGAAAUAAGCAAAAAGGGAAUAAAAAGUCAAGUGGGAGCUUUGAUUUUGGUAUAAAAGAAGGCCCCGAGGCUGGUGGUGGCCCCCAGGCAGAGGAGAAAGGUCUGGGCGACCAGGGGCACAGAACUGGGGAGCAGUACGAAUUGCUCCUCAUAGAAACCGCAUCUUCCCUCGUGAAGGCGGCCAUUCAGUCGUCCAUAGAGCAGCUGGUCAACGAAAUGGCCCUGGAACAGAAUAAACACAACAGUUUUCUGUGA